AUGUGGCGGGCCGACCGGUGGGCGCCCCUACUCCUGUUCCUGUUGCAGAGCGCCCUAGGAAGGCCCCGUCUAGCCCCACCCAGAAACGUGACACUGUUCUCCCAGAACUUCACUGUUUACCUGACAUGGCUUCCGGGGCUUGGGAGCCCCCCAAACGUGACCUAUUUUGUGACCUACCAAAGCUAUACCAAGCCGGGUUGGCGAAGAGUGGAGCAUUGUGCAGGCAUCAAGGCUCUGGUGUGUCCCCUGAUGUGCCUGAAGAGACUGAACCUGUACUCCAAGUUCAAAGGACGAGUACAGGCAGCUUCGGCACACGGCAAGUCCCCACGGGUGGAGUCCCGGUACCUGGAAUACCUUUUUGACGUGGAGCUAGCCCCGCCCACCCUGGUGCUCACCCAGAUGGAGAAGAUUCUAAGGGUCAACGCUACCUACCAGCUGCCGCCUUGCAUGCCCUCGCUGGAACUGAAGUACCAGGUGGAAUUCUGGAAGAAGGGCCUGGGAAGCAAGACCCUGUUUCCUGACACUCCCUAUGGCCAGCCAGUGCAGAUUCCUCUCCAGCAAGGUGCUAGCGGACGCCACUGCCUCAGCGCCAGAACCGUCUAUACCUUAAUUGACAUUAAGUACAGCCUGUUCUCUGAGCCCAGCUGCAUCUUCCUAGAGGGCCCAGGGGCCAACAGGGCUGUCCUGGCGGUGCCCUCACUCUUGCUUCUACUGAUAGCAGCGGUUGCAGCGGGUGUGGCAUGGAAGAAAAUGAAAGGGAACCCCUGGUUUCAGGGGGUGAAGACACCCCGGGCACUGGACUUUUCUGAAUACAGAUACCCAGUGGCGACCUUUCAGCCCAGUGGACCUGAGUUCUCAGAUGACUUGAUCCUCUGUCCCCAGAAGGAGCUGACCAUAAGGAUCAAACCAGCCCCUCAGGUCAGAGACCCGGCCACGCUACAGGCGGGGCCAGAAAAAGACAGUACUGAGGAUGAAGACGAGGACACAGAUGAUGACGGUGACAGCGUCCAGCCCUACCUGGAACGGCCUCUCUUCAUCAGCGAGAAGCCCCGGGUUAUGGAGCACUCGGAGACAGACGACUCUGGGGUGGAUUCAGGGGGGCCUUGGGCAUCCCCAGGUGGAAGCGAAGGCCCAUCUGCAUGGGACUCUUCAGACAGGAGCUGGUCCAGCACGGGGGACCCCUCAUACAAGGACGAAGCUGGGUCUUCCAGCCGUUUGGACCGAAAGGAGCCGGACCAGGCGCCCUGUGGGGAUCCGCGCCAGGAAGCUCUCCCGUGCCUGGAAUUUUCUGAGGACUUGGGCACCGUGGAGGAGCUUCUGAAGGAUGACCUCUCUAGGUGGAGAAUUUGGGGUUCCUUAUCCCCAAAGAGAGAUCUGGCUCCUGUGGAGCCCCCAGUUUCUCUUCAGACACUGACUUUCUGCUGGGCCAGCAAUCCUGAGGGGGAGGAGGAAGAGGAAGAAGAAGAGGAAGAGGAGGAAGAAGACUGGGAAUCAGAACCUAAGGGCAGCAACGCCGGCUGUUGGGGCACUUCAAGCCUGCAGAGGACAGAGGUCAGGGGCCAGAUGCUGGGAGAUUACUUGGUCAGGUGAGCUGGCCCUGGUGGUCCAUCCACGCAAUCUCUACUGCACUUCCCCUGGACUAGAGACACCACCAAGAGUCAUGUCCCUUUGAAUGGUAGUCAAGGUCCUGGCCGUUCUUUAUGGGUCUUUAUGGCACUUUGUCAUUGGGAUUGAGCUGUAAGAUGUCACCAUUUCCAAUGACCCACCUGCUGUAGGUGACCUGCGAGUGGGACGGAGCUGUGGUCAGAGACUAGUUGAGUUCCAAUCUGCCCAUUGUCCCUGGGAUGACAGGCCUAAUGGAAAAUCAUCCUCUGAUGAAAUGAAACAGGUGAAACCAGGUGGCUAUGGCCACCAAGGAUAGACACGCCCUAGUCCAUAAGUCACACACAGCAUUGCACAAAACAGACCUCGGUCCAAAUCACUACUCUGCUGUUUCCGGUAGUCACUGAGCAAGCGACUCUUAACCUCUACACUCCAGUUUCUCCUUCUGCAGCAGUCACGUGGGUAUGGCAAGGACUUGGGGAGUUUUCAGGUAGCAGGUGACACGGGGCCACCAAUGUCACGUGUACUGAGUAGGCGCUAGAACCCUCGAUUAGUCCAGACCCCUGGGAAACCCCAGGCAUCUCUCACCAGCAACCCCUAAGCCCAGAGUGACAAGACACUGACCUCCCUCUAGGUCACCCCAUUUCUUCCUUGUCACCUUCUAGUCAGGGGCUCCUGGAAACCACAGCCCAAUCAACUUCGCUUCUUUCUCAAACAUAGUUCACCUUCCAGGGUCGACAUUGGUUGGGUCAGGGCAGAACUGCACUGCUGGCCUGAUGCCCUUUUUGAAUGGUGUUGUAUCAGGGUUUAAGUUUUUUGAGUGUUUGUUUGUUUGUUUGUUUGUUUGUUUUUAUCUGUUUUGGUCAUAAUGAGGUCCCAGUAUCUGAGAAGCUAGUGUCUUUUGGAAACAGGUGACUGUCCUUUAUGGGGUGCGAUGUGUGUCCUUGGUCUGCAGGUGUCACCCAUAGUACCAAAGUCUUUGUGGCUGAGGAUCUAAACAGUCCGUGAAGCAGCAAAGCUGUGUGGCUCUGAGGCUGGCAUAAAGCCAUAGCCUUACAGAACUCAUGUGAAGCCCCCCCCCCAUAAGGCAGAGGUUCUCAACCUUCCCAACACUACCAGCCUUAAACAGUUCCUCGUGGUGUGGUGACCCCUAAUCAUAAAAUCAUUUCAUUGCUACUUCAUAAUUGUAAUUUUGCUACUGGUAUGAAUCAUAAUGUGUUUUCCAGUGGUCUCAGGCAACCACUGUGAAAAUGUCAAUGGACCCCCAAAGGGGUCAUGACCCACACAGGCUGAGAAACAUGACCUUAAGGGCAUCUGAUUCAAGGGCUCUCUAGCUCAUUCCCAAAGGCCUUUGGGGCUCCAGGAUCCUCCCCCUUCAAUGGGAGUGGCCUCACUGAGCUAAUGCACAUAUAGUGGCUUUGCAUAAACGGUGUCUUGAACGGGGUUCACAGCUAACAAGACCUCAAAGCCCUGUCCUUGGUGCACAUCUGUGCUGUGCUGUGCUGUGCUGUGCUGUGCUGUGCUGCGCUGUGCUGUGCUGUGCUGUGCUGUGCUGUGCUGUGCUGUGCUGUGCUGUUUCAAGCAAACUUUGAAGUCAACUGGAAAGGCUGUCCUAGUAACUUAAUAUGUGUGUCCCCAAGAGUUCCCAGAGUCAUCAGUCUGACAGGAGAUCUUUUUGGGCACCUCUGGGACAGGGUACAGACAGACAGACAGACAGACACACACACACACACACACAGAGACAGA